UCGUUCUUUGCCGUUUGGUCUCCUGUCUUUUCAGACCGUAGUGUGCAUUGAAGUCAAGGCAUGGAUAAAGCCAAAUCCAUGAUGGACCAGAAAGGAUCGGGUCCGUGUUAUACCAACGGCUUGCAAAAAACAUUUCGGUCACAACUUAGCAAUGGAAGCUGUAGCCCAUACAACCCGAAUAGCAGCAGUAGUGGCGGUAUUGACAACUACCAUCACCUUCACUAUGACCCUCAAACCAAUGGAUCCCCUGCGAAAAGGUGUCGACUGCAGAGAAGGAUGGAUUCGGUGAAAAGAAACAGACCUCCCUUCCCCUGGUUUGGCAUGGACAUCGGGGGCACGCUGGUCAAACUGGUCUACUUUGAGCCAAAAGACAUCACGGCGGAGGAGGAACAGGAGGAGGUGGAGAACCUGAAGAGCAUUCGUCGUUAUCUCACGUCCAACACGGCCUACGGCAAGACGGGGGUUCGCGACGUUCACCUGGAGCUGCGUAACCUGACCAUGUGUGGGCGCAGGGGCACACUGCACUUCAUCCGCUUCCCCACCCACGCCAUGCACCGCUUCAUCCAGAUGGGUCGAGACAAGAACUUCUCCAGUCUACACACCACACUCUGUGCCACUGGUGGUGGAGCCUACAAGUUUGAGAAUGACUUUCGUACGAUGGCUGACUUGGAACUCUUGAAAUUGGAUGAACUGGACUGCCUGAUUCAGGGCCUGCUGUAUGUGGACUCUGUUGGUUUCAACGGUCACCCUGAGUGCUACUACUUUGAGAACCCAUCCGACACACAGAACUGCGUAAAACAGCCUUGCUGCCUGGAGAACCCUUUCCCCAUGCUGCUGGUCAACAUCGGGUCAGGGGUCAGCAUACUGGCUGUUUAUUCCAAGGACAACUACAAACGUGUCACAGGAACCAGUCUGGGUGGGGGGACAUUUCUCGGUCUGUGUUGUUUGCUGACGGGCUGUGAGACCUUUGAGGAGGCUCUAGAGAUGGCCAGCAAAGGAGAUAGUACAAAUGUUGACAAACUGGUCAAAGACAUCUAUGGAGGAGACUACCAGCGCUUUGGUCUGCAAGGCUCUGCUGUAGCCUCCAGUUUUGGACACAUGAUGAGUAAGGAGAAGAGAGACAGUAUCUCUAAAGAGGACCUGGCUAGAGCCACUCUCGUCACCAUCACCAACAACAUCGGCUCCAUUGCGCGCAUGUGCGCUGUCAAUGAGAAAAUUGACCGAGUGGUGUUUGUGGGGAAUUUUUUGCGGAUAAACACUGUAUCUACCAAGCUGCUGGCUUACGCCAUGGAUUUCUGGUCCAAGGGCCAACUGAGGGCACUUUUCUUAGAGCAUGAGGGGUAUUUUGGUGCAGUUGGAGCAUUACUGGAGCUAUUAAAGUCUUCUGAGGACCCGUGAGGAAAAAGGCGUCUGAGCUGUUGCCUGAUUAGAAGCUGCUGAAAGGCUUCCAUCUGGAAGUCUCCCCUCAGGCUGGGAUUUCUGAGGAAAAAAAGAAACUGGGAAUAUUGUUUUAAGCCAUGAUAUAAUAAUUUAAUUGUAAAUAUCCCUCAACCUUCUACCCCAACUCAAAUACCUGAGAUGAAAGAUUUUUUUAUGACUUAAGUCUAAGUCGCAAUCAGUCUGAGGGGACAAAUGAUUUUGUUGUUGUUGUUGUUUGUUUGUGUCUUGUUUUUGCUCCUGUACUGUAUGUAAAUAACCAGUUGUGUAGUGCUUAGGGAGAGUUCACUGAAAGCCAAAUUCCUCUGACCUUUUCACCAGCCUCAACACUCUCCCUCACUGUUGUCCCGUGAGAGUGGAUCUGUAUCCCCAGUAUUUUAAACUGGGCUUUCCACUGCAGUAUACAUUUAGGUUAAGACUUGUAAGUACCGGUUAACUGGGCCUGAGUGCCUAUUUCACUUGAAGCCAUGCUAGAGGUGGGACCUUCCAUAUCAUCCAUCUUUCCUCAUUUCAUGGUCUGAAGGAAGGAUGUAUAAAUGGCAAAUUGAUAGAUUUCAGUACAGAACAGUCUCUGUGCUGUUCCUGCACUAUGUAUGAAGAAAGAUUUAUCCUAAUCAAUGUUGGGGCCUCUCUUCUGUUUUGGGGCUUGGAUGCUUUCGGAGGUGUUCACACACAGGGAGUUUAACUGUCAUGUGCAAUCCAUACUCGCAUAACGAUAACAUCACCACUCUUGUGAAACAGUUGAUUUUCAUGAACUUCACAAUCCUCUCCAUUUUAUUCCUAAAACAUAAAUUAACACAGAUCCUCAUUAUUUAUCCCAAAAUGAUUCCAGUUUGACUCAUGUGCUCCAGUGAUUGUGGAUAAGCCUUUCCAUAAGGUCUCUCCCUUCUCCAUCUGCAUUUGCUCAGAACCAUAGCUGGGAAAAGUGGGUUGGUGGGUGACAAAGGAACUGUAAUCAACACUUGUCUCAUGAUAAUGGAUGAAUUCUCUACACACAACAUCCAGAGUCCACUGUCCUCUUCAGUAAAACAGUAUAGUCCGUUUAACUGUACUGCCUACCGAUAGAGGUAUUAAAGUGACGUUUAUGUAAGCAUAUUCUAAGAUUACUUUUUCAGCCAAACACUAUGUCAGCUCAUUUUGAUUUUGAUUCAUUUGAUGCAGCUGUUGCUUGACCCCGCUGACUUUGAAACCUCCUUCCCAGAGAUGUGCUCUGAGCUACUGCAACCUUCUCUCACCUCCUCUUCCUUUGCAUCUCUGUCCAUUCAUCAUCCUAUCCGUUCUGUCCUCUGAAACAUACACCCUUUCUCUGAUCUCCAAAACCCUAACCCGAUGACGACCCGCACAUAUACUCACACACACCUACAUACGCACACUUACAAAUUUUCCCACUUACCAUGAAUGGCCUGUAGAGAUGUAUGUAUUAACGUAAUCGGUGUCGGUCAGUCUACUGUAUUGCCUUUCUCCUGUCUUCUGUUUUAGAUGGCCUCUUUCAGCCUGCUGCCCUGCUGUUAUAAGACUGGGCAGACACAUGCUAAUCCAAACACUGUGAUCCAAAGGGAAAGACUAACACUAGCAUGCCUGUAAUGACAAGAAUUGGGUGGGAAGGGGUGGAGUAAAUGCCCCCUCUGCCCACUUCUGAGAUCAAACAUGCAGGACCACCAAGGCUUUCUCGGGGAACGUUUUGAAAGUGCAAAAACGUGAUGCAUGGAACCAAGCAGUAAUCCGCCUUUAAUGUUCUGGAUAUUAACAGCGAUUGAUUGUCUAGGUCUGUAUGCAGCCAAGUAUUAAGAAAAUUGGUGAACAUGUUUCAUGUAUGGAAAUACUGGAAUCUCUCUCUUGACUCAUUAUUCCCAACUCUCUACACCUUAAGUCCUGUAUAUUGCCUUCUUAUUGGCUAGUCUUAGUCUAACAUCUUGACUUUGUGAUUUACAUAGUGGAGCUCUAUCUAUGUUUGUGCCCUGCACUUUUACUCAUUUUUGUUGGUUUGGUUCCUCUCAACAUGCUUUGUUUUGAAAGUGGGUUUUUUUUGUGAAUACUUUUUUUGCUGUUGAUUUAUCAUGAUUUUCCAGAAGGUACCUAACUCAGUGAGAAUGAGGAAAACCGGUUUAGGUUUACGAGGUGACAAUAAAUCUGACACGACAGCUGUUGCUCAGUCACCUCAACAAAAACAGCUCCACUUUAAGUUGUCAACCGUGGUGCCCAAGGACUAAUUUACCUUUGGAAUGUAUUUUAAUAUAAUGUGUUUUAAUAUAAGAUGUUAUAUGUGUUUUCUUUUGUUUUUACAUUUUUAAUGGGGUUUUUUUUGUACAAUUUGUCAUCUCUUUGCAUGCACCUACAGAAAUGAAUUGAUGUGGUAGUAAAAACUGAAACCUGCACUUAACUGAGUUAGGGUUCUGUUGUCCCCUCUUAGCUUGCAUUAUAUGACAUACUAGGUUUCUUUGGUCCACAUCAGGUAUUGGGGGGGGGUGAUUUUAGAACUUUCCAGAAAGUUACCACGACACUGGUGAGAGUCAGAUUCUGAUGUGAUUACAAUAACUGUAGUCAUUCUCUUGGCCUCAUGUAAAGGAUCCAAAUCUCUCUUUGUGACAUCACUGAAUUCUCCUUCAUUUUAUUUGCUUAGAUUCUUACCUUAUUUAAUAUUUAUUAGAGUUUAACAUACCAAUCUACAAAUGUUAAGAACUGAAUUGUGGUUGCAGUAUUUGUGGGAUAUUCCAUAAACACAAUGCCAAACAGUGAGCAGAUGACAGGGAAAUACUAAAUUGUUGCCAGGAGUCUAUGUGCUGUGACAUUGUUAUCUUGUGAGUUUAAAGUGUGUGUUUUUUGUUUUUUUUUAGAUUAUUGCUAAUGGGAUCAUGCUGCAGUGACGCUUGGCUUUGUGUCUCACUGUGCACUAAAUAUGACAGUAUCCCUGUAUUUGUCACACACCAAGUCACUGCAAGGUCAUGGUAUUGACAUUCAUCUUUGAUUUAUACCAAUUUGUUAUUACAUGUUCGUAGUAAUACAGCUUGCUUCUUGACAGUAUAUGUGUCCUGUUUCUGCUGGAUGAUGUCAUCACAUCUAUGUAACUGAGUUAUGUAGGCCUCUUUAGCAUUCAUUUAGUACUGUUUGCUGUCAUAGUGCAAAGGCCCCUAAACAUUAGGGGGGAUGGGGAUGGGGGAGGGGGCAGGAAUUUUGGUGCUUUUAGUAAAGCAAUAGUUCAUAUGAAAAAGGAGAAAUAUUUUCCUACACAUUCACUACACAAUCUAAAUCAUUUUCAAAUUAGUCUUUGGGUCACUGAAUGACUUUAUCAGUUUCUAGUUCUAAUUCAGUCCAGCUUGGAGCAAUCUCCCCCUCUACUGGAUGCAUUCUCUUUUUUUUUAAGUAUGGAAAUUAUGCAAACAGAUGUUUUUAGCUCCCCUUGUUUGAUUCCUGUUGAAAUUCUGGGGUGAUUACUGACUUUCUGUCCUUUUAAAUCUCUAAUCUUGUAUAUCUCACUUUUGUUAUGAAUGUGUCUGUACAGACAUCAUCCAGAUAUCAGUUUGCCUUUCAAUGAUCUAAUCUGGAUGGCUCCUGUGUGAGUUUUUCAGGCUUUACUAAAAAACAAAAAAAAACAACAAAAAAACAAACUGCAACAACCUCUAUGUAAUAUACUGAGCAAUCUAGAUUCUUUACAUUCUCACUCUAGGAUUUUAUAAAAGAAAUAAAAGUUUAAAGCUGUA